CCUCCCGCGGGCUUUGUGCGCGCUCGGCAUCCAGCUGUCGCCGCCCCACGCAGCCCCCUGGCCCGGGAGGGCGCGCAUUUCCGGGCCGCCCACCAGCCCGCCCGCCUCGGCAGCCGCUGCCCCGGCACAGCCGACGCUGCUCCCGCCGCUCCGUGGCCGUCUCGCCCCAGUCGCCCCACGAAAUGCCGGUCGACUUCACCGGGUACUGGAAGAUGCUGGCCAACGAGAAUUUCGAGGAGUACCUGCGCGCGCUCGAUGUCAAUGUGGCACUACGCAAAAUCGCCAACUUGCUGAAGCCAGACAAAGAGAUCGUGCAGGACGGCGACCAUAUGAUCAUCCGAACGCUGAGCACUUUUAGGAACUACAUCAUGGACUUCCAGGUUGGGAAGGAGUUUGAGGAGGAUCUGACGGGCAUAGAUGACCGCAAGUGCAUGACCACGGUGAGCUGGGAUGGGGACAAGCUGGAAUGUGUGCAGAAGGGCGAGAAGGAGGGACGUGGCUGGACCCAGUGGAUUGAAGGUGAUGAGCUGCACCUGGAGAUGAGGGUGCAGGGAGUGGUCUGCAAGCAAGUGUUCAAGAAGGUGCACUGAAGCGGAGCAGACCUUGGCCACGAGGAGCAGUGGCCUGGACGUGGGGCCGGGUGCCCUCUCCCCUCUCUGCACAGCGUGGGGCGGAAAUGCCCAGGCCACUGCCAGCAGGGUCUGUCUCUUGGCUUUGUCUCUUCUCCUCUUCUUAAAACAAAACCGUCCCAAUAAAAGUGAUCUCUGCUCAA